CCUCGCGACGGAUGUUCUUCCACAACGUGUGGAAGGGAUAUUCACGUGUGUUUCCGUCGUGCACUGCUUAGUUGAGAAGUUGGGCCAAGAUCAACGAGUAAAUCGCUCAAAGUCAUGGGUCGAAAGUUGGAUCCCACCAACAAGGUGAAGAGAGGGCCGGGAAGAAAAGCCAGGAAGCAGCAAGGAGCAGAGACAGAGCUGGUCAAGUUUAUAAAAGAUGAGGACACAGGACCAAAACGACUGUCAAGUAGAGGCAGGAAAAGAGCUGCAAAAAGGGUCCAGAAUUUGAAAAGCCCUAAAGAUGAGGAAAAGUCCAAGAAAGGAUUCACUGAUGAGAACAGUAAGUGGUUGAAACCCGCAAAGAGGAAACGCAAAAUGGAAGAACCUGAAAGUGAGGACGACAGUGAUGAGCACUGGGAGGAAGAUGAAGAGGAGGAAGAGCAGCUGCAGAUUAAAAAGGGAGGAAAAGAACAAGGAAAGAAAGGUGCGAAACUAGUAGACAAAGAAAUGGAGGAAGAUAAUGAAGAGGAGGAGGAGGAGGAGGAGGACGACGAUGAUGAUGAUGACGAUGAUGAAAUGGUUGAUGACUAUGGGGCUGAAGACGAUGGCAGCGGUGAGGAAGCGGCAGAGGAAGAAAGUGAUGGAGAGGAACUUCUUCCCAUCGAGCGGGCAGCCAAGAAGGAGAAAAAGCAGAAGGAAGCUUUGCCUCUUGGUAGUGAAGAAGAUGAUGACGAAGAGGAGGAGGAAGAAGAAGAAGAUGACGAUGAUGAUGAUGAUGAUGGUGAAAAGGAGGACAAAAAGAAAUCAGAUGAUGAGGAAGACACAGUACAAGCCAACAUAGAUGAAAUGGACCAGUUUAGGCUACCAGGGGCAGAGGAACGUGAGAAAGAAGGCAUCCUUCCUCUUGACCUGAAGACGAUCCAUCAGAGAAUUAAAGACAACAUUGAUGUCCUGUGUAAUUUCUCAACAAAGAGGGAGGAGGGGAAAGAGAGAGCAGAGUACAUUUCGCUCCUGAAGAAGGAUCUCUGUACUUACUACAGCUAUAACAACUUCCUCAUUGAGAAAUUAAUGGACCUCUUCCCACUUUCAGAGCUGGUUGACUUCCUCGAGGCCAAUGAAAUUCAGAGACCUGUCACUAUUCGGACCAACACACUGAAAACAAGGAGGCGGGACCUUGCACAGGCUUUGAUCAACAGAGGAGUGAAUCUUGAUCCACUUGGAAAAUGGUCGAAAGUGGGACUGGUCAUCUAUGACUCUUCUGUACCAAUUGGUGCAACCCCAGAGUAUCUGUCUGGUCAGUACAUGCUGCAAGGAGCCUCCAGUUUUCUGCCCGUCAUGGCGCUCUCUCCACAGGAGGGAGAGUUGGUGUUGGACAUGAGCUCAGCUCCAGGAGGCAAGACCACAUAUAUUGCUCAGCUGAUGAGAAACACUGGCACGAUUGUGGCUAAUGAUGCCAAUGCUGACAGAUUAAAGAGUGUGGUGGGAAACAUCCAUCGUCUAGGAGUCACCAACACUAUCAUCUGCAACUAUGAUGGAAGGCAGUUCCCAAAGGUAAUGGGCGGGUUUGACAGAGUACUGCUGGAUGCUCCAUGCUCAGGCACAGGAGUGAUCGCUAAAGAUCCAGCCGUAAAAACCAGCAAGGAUGAAGCAGACAUCCUACGCUCAGCUCAUUUGCAGAAAGAGCUGCUUUUGUCUGCCAUUGACUCGGUCAAUGCUGAGUCUCCAUCAGGAGGGUAUCUCGUCUACUGCACAUGUUCAAUAAUGGUGGAGGAGAAUGAAUGGGUGGUAGACUACGCUUUAAAGAAGAGAAAUGUCAAAUUAGUCCCCACAGGUCUUGACUUUGGCCAGGAAGGCUUCACAAGGUUUAAAGAGCGUAGAUUCCAUCCAUCUCUUCGACUGUCUAGGCGUUUUUACCCUCAUUCCCACAAUAUGGAUGGCUUUUUUGUGGCCAAGUUGAAAAAGUUCUCAAACGUUGUUCCAACAACACAGUCUGGAAAAGACGAGGAAAGUGCAGAUGCUCCUGAUGCAACCGUCGUUACAGAUUCUUCUGAAGAGAAGCCGUCCAAAAGUGGCGUGACAAAGAAGACUGUCCCCCGCAAGGCUGGCAGCUUACAGGUGAAACACCAAACCAAUGGAACAACUGCCAAGAAAGCAGAAAAAGUCAAACCAAAAGGCAAAAAAGACUCACCUGCUGGACCAAAAAAGGCCAAGAUCGCUAAAAUGGGUGGAGAGACUGUUAAAGGAGCAAAGCCAAAGGAGGCUGCAGUGAAGACAGCUGAUGAAACAAAGUCAAAAAAGGACAGCAGCAGAUUUGAGAAAAAGAAGGGCAAAAACAGAAAGACACCCAUGAAAGCAAAGAACAGAAUGGGAAAGAACAAGUUCAAAAAGUUGAAGCUCAUGUUGCAAAAGCAAGAUGCAGAGUGAUGUGUGCAGUGUUGAGUGUAACUGAUGAUGUAAAAGCUGCCCUAUAAACCCACAUCACUUCAGAUAACCAGUAUUCAGAUUAGUGGGCUGUGUCGUAUCAGCAGUGCGAGUGAAUACAUGCCAGUCAGCCAGUCGGUGGUUUUAACACCUGUGUACAAAUGAUUUAUACAGUCAGUAAUGAUCUUACUGGAGUUUGGUCUCAUAUUCCUCAGUUUGUUCAACAGAAUAUUUAGUAUGUUUGUAUGAUGAUUUAAUUGCAGAUUAGGAUGUCUUCUGGUAUCUGAAAAAAUAAAUGUUUU